GUAUUGAUUUUAGCGUCAUUUCGGUUGUAACUAUUUCCAUUUUCGCAACACAAACGCAGCAAAAUAAUACCGUUUUUAUUCGAGAAGAGAUUUCCGGCUUCCCUCGAAAACCAUAUUAUAAUUGUAGGUUUAGCACAUGGUAAAUUUCCUAUUUACAGUCGAGAAAGACAAGCGGCCAAUGCGAAAGGAGCAAUGAAUUUGAAAAAUUCCAAGUUUUACAAAAGGAUCCAGGAACUGCGUCACUUCUCUAAGGAGAAGAUCCGGAAGAGUCGUGAGCAGCGGACGCGUGUCUCCGUCACCCGCGCCCUGGACAUGGCGCUCAGUGAGCGGGCGUGCUCGGAUCGGGAAUGGUUCAGUUCGGAGCAGUCGCCAACGGCCGGGACCGCAUCGCCGCUCCGACGUGUGAAGAAGUUGCGGUACCCGAAGAAAAAGGCCUCCGUCGGCAAGCAAAUGGAUGAUCCGUACUACCACCUGGCUGGAGGACAAAGUUCGGGAGGUAAUAGUCCUAUGCAGGCGGAGGCCAAGCUCCAGGGCUUAAUCCAGCUGAACAACACGACCUAUCGGGUGGACUGUCCCACACGGGUGCUUAAUCCGCUCAAGAUCAACGACGAGGUUCGCUCGGGCAGUGACAGCAAGAGCACCAUCUGUGUGACCAACUCACGAUACGCCAUGAUCGGCAAGAUCUCCAAGACGCUGGGUUACCGGCUGGUCAAGGAGUCCAAGAUGUGGAACAUCCUCUGGUCGGAUUCGUUUCCCGGCGUGGAGCUGUUCAAGAACAUGAAGCGCUUCCAGCAGAUCAACCACUUUCCGGGCAUGAUCGAGAUCUGUCGCAAGGAUCUGCUUUCGCGCAAUCUUAACCGGAUGCAGAAGCAAUUUCCGCAGGACUACAAGAUCUUUCCCAAGACCUGGAUGCUGCCGGCGGACUAUGGUGAUGCCAUGAACUACGCCCUCAAUCACAAGCGAACCUUUAUCCUGAAACCGGAUUCUGGAGCUCAGGGGCGUGGCAUCUGGCUGACCAACGAUUUGAAGACCAUUGGUGCUCAUGAGCGACUCAUCUGCCAAACGUACAUACACCGGCCCCUCCUCAUCGAUGGCUACAAGUUCGAUCUGCGGGUUUACACGCUGAUCACCUCCGUGGAUCCUCUGCGGAUAUUUGUGUACAACGAGGGACUAGCCCGAUUCGCCACGAACAAGUAUGUGGAGCCCACGCCCGGAAACUCCAAUGAUCUGUACAUGCACCUGACCAACUAUUCCGUGAACAAACGCAACUCGCACUACGAACUGUGCGAUAACGAUGACUGCGGCAGCAAGAGAAAGCUGAGUGCCAUCAACAACUGGAUGAGGCGCCACAACUAUGAUGUGGAUGAGUUCUGGAGCAACGUGGACGAUGUGAUCAUCAAGACGGUGCUGAGUGCUUGGCCAGUGCUGAAGCACAACUACCAUGCCUGCUUUCCGGGACACGACAAGAUCCAGGCCUGCUUCGAGAUACUCGGAUUCGACAUCCUGGUGGACUGGAAGCUGAAGCCCUACAUCCUGGAGGUCAACCACUCGCCCAGCUUCCAUACCAAUGAACAGGUGGACCGGGAGGUGAAGCGGCCCCUCAUCCGGGACACCCUGAACCUGGUCAGCACUUCGCUGGCGGACAAGAGGCUGAUCCUCAAGGAAGAUCGCAAGAGGGUCAAGCAGCGACUGCUCAAGAUCAGGGGAGAGCCACCGGCUCAACGUCAUCGUCUCAAUGGCGGCAUCUCCAAAGCCAAAAUAGAUGUCAAGACGAGCAAUCCAGAAGCCAAGGCUAGUGCCAAUCCCGUCCAGAUGGAGUCAGAGCCUGGGGAUCAGGGACCACUGGCCCAACAGAUCGCCUGGGAGGAUGGGCACUUGGGCAACUUCAGGAAGAUAAUGCCACCACCGGACCUGGCCAAGUUGGCCUACUACGCACGAUUCUAUGCUCAGUCAAAUCAGGUGUCCAUUUUCGCCGAGACGGCGGCCAGUAAAAAGCGGGAGGACCUCGCCCGGAAGAUGCGAAUCCAGAUCGAGGAGAAGAAGGCCAAGCAGCAGCAGAUGCUGAAUGGAAAGUGCAAGAGGGAGGCCCGGAAGCGCCUGGCUGUGAUGCUCCCGAGGGCGGUGCGCGAGAAGAACCGGAUGAGCCUCUUUCGGAUGCGGGAGAACUGGUCCCCGGGCUUCAUCUCGGAUGCAGAGGAGCGUCUGCGCCACACUUGGCUACACAUGCGAUCGGAGGCCAUACGAACACUCAAGAUCACCGAGAAUAUCUAUAGCACUCUUUACGAAUGCGGUCACUUGACCAACACGGAUAUGGUCGUCUAUCCACAUCUCUACCAUAACUUGCAGCACGGUUUCGACAUCAGGCAAAAUCCCUGAGUGAAUCCACUUCUCCCCCAAAAUCCCACCAAUCUUCAAUCAUCGUUUUCGACCUCCACAGCCUAAAAAAACACAUUCAAGAUGUGUUCUUAAAUUUGUUAUUACUUAAAUUUAAAUUCCUGCUCGUCACAAAAAUAAAAUAUAGCACUUUGGAACUUGUAAACAA